AUCCCGGUAUUUCCUUCAUCGCAGUUACUUCCCUUAUUAUUUAAAACGCCAUUUGCACUGGAGUCCCAUUUUUGUUUUUAAAAUAAUCUCGUGUGAUUAAUUUGUCAUUAUAUGAUUGAAUAAAGUACACGAUUAGAUAAACCACACACGAGCCAAGUUUUGAAUACUAUGAGUAAAUGACAAGAUCAUUAUAGUGACAGCAAAAUGAUUGUAAGCAGAAUCAAACAAGCUUGUGUUAGGAAAUUAUUCACUCUGCAUCAGACCUCAAAUCCACUGGCACUUAUAGCCCAUCAUAGUAGGACAAUUCAUAAUGGCUUUUCCAGAGACCAGCACACGCAGGCUUCAUCAUUUGAAGGGGCUGUUAGAGAGUUUGAUUUCCCAUUUGCAAGAGCAAGGCUAGGAACCUUUGUGCAAGAGGCACCUGUACUUGGAAACCAGUACCUUGAAGAUGCUUUACUCCAGUCCUAUUUAAAGAGAUAUGUGCCACAAAAGGUAUUGAUAGAUAUAGAACCAGAUUUAGUUAGAUUUGGUGAGAGAGUUGCCACGGAGAUGUACAAUCUCAGUUUACAAUGUGAAAAGGAACAGCCGUAUGUUGAAAAGUUCACAGGCUGGGGAAAACUUGUGGAUAACCUGGUUACAGGGCCUGCAUGGAGAAAGAUGCAUGACAUCUCUGCUGAAGAAGGCCUUAUAUCUAUAUCUUAUGAAAGGAAAUAUGAUGAGUACAGGUAA